UCAAAGUGGGAGGCGAUCAUAGCUCAGCCCUUGCUAUCUGGAUGGUUCUGUGGUUCAGCAGGAGGGCCCAGACAGGCAACACAGCCCAGAAAUAACUGUACCCUGCAUGUAGCUCUGCAACCCCAUCAGAAAGAAUUCUGUGGAGACCGGCAUGGCCUACAGGUGCUGUCCAGGACCUCCCUCUUGAGAGGACAGAGAGUGCUGCUGACAGAAACCCACCGUGUCCUUACUGGACUGUGCCCCACAGCCAUCCGGUAGAGCAUGGUGGUUUCGGGCUCUUGUGGACCCAGGAGACAGCCAGCUGGGAAGGGGAGCAGCAGACGGCCACCUCUGUCUUGUCUGCUUCCCUUCAUAGGCCUUGAGCCAAGCUGUUGAGGUGCCUGGGAUGGCAUUCGACUCUACUGGGGGCCACCAGGCCCUGUGUACAGCAGCCCCCCUAUAGAUCCAGCUGACCAGAGACCAGCGGGCGUCCAACCCUGAGGCUGCAGAGGCCACUGCCCCCAUGUCUCUGUAACGGAAACUUCUCAGGUGCUCUGUGAGCAACAGCUCCAGUUCCUGCCUCAUGUGGGGCUCUGAUCGGCAGCAGAUCGCAGGACAAGGCAGGACCAUGUUCCAGUAAAUGAGGUCUGCAGCUCGAGUCCUGUGUCCCGACUCCCACCUGCAGACACGCCAGCCAGCCAGAGAGAAUGAGGGGGCCACGUGGGGCUCACAACCUCCCCGGACUGAGAGGGGUGGUGACAGGAAGCGUCCCCCCUCUAUCCUGAGACCCAGACGGCAGGAAUGUGGGUGCCAUGGGGCUGAGCCACAAAGGACUUCAAGGCAUGUGCGGUUCCGAGAACCCCUGGAGGUGGCCGUCCACUACAUUGCCCGCAGGGACACCAGAGCCUCCGUCAAGGUGCCCAGCCGGUCAGCUUCCCACGGUGGCUCUCCACUCCCGUCAGCACCCUGCAGUGGCUCCCUCCUCCUGUGGCUGACUCUGUGCGUUCUGCUGGGAGUGGCGCUGGGCCUGUACUGUGGCCAGGCCAAACAUGUCACAGUGACCCUGCAGGACCUCUGGGAUUGGCUCCUCGUCCGCAUCUUGCGCCUGUGGCAUGUCGUUCUUGCCUGUUGGCACUGCCUCCUGAAGCUCUGACACAUGGCUGAAUGGCAGUUUCACCUCUGAACAUCGCUGGAGGGUGAUGUUGUUGGGGCCUAGGGUGGUUUGGGGACUGGCACGUGGUGAAGCCCAGGCCCUAAGACUAACCCAAGACAGAGCUCUGCUAGCCAAUGCUUGACAAACCCAGGAGCUCCAAGAGGCCACUGUCAUGGAUAAAGUGGGAAAAGGGGUGCCUCUGGUUUGAUGCUACAAGUACCCCCUACUCUAUUCAGCACAGGCUGGGAUCUUGGGAUUUUAAGAUUGUAUUAGAGAAAGAACUCAACCAUUGUGGCUGGGGAUCCCCACGCUCCUGCCCAGUCCUCCCUCUUGGGAUCCCUGACCUGGAUGCUGUCAUACAUGACAUGCAACCCUUUCAGGAGGAAUGUCACCUGCCUCUGAGGGGCAGUUUGGGAAGGCAGGGCCCGAACUCCUGCUGCUUUGAGUGCUGGGCCCUGUUUUUAUCUUACCAUCAGGAGAUGGGCUCAGGGGCCUUCCUCUGCAGUUCACGGAGCCCUGUGGUUAUCAGGGUAUUAUCCUCGGAGCCCAGGUCUGAUUCCUCCACUUAACACUAAGGUCUUUAGAGGUCCCUGUGGUGUGGGAACAGAGUCCAGCUCUGAACCAAGCUGCUCUUUUGUUCUGAGAGGUCUCUCUUCCAGGGCUACAGACUAGCCCAAGGCCACCAUGCCUGCCUACCAGCCAAAGGUCCUUUAAGUCUCCUGAACAUACACAGACACAGUUCUGUCAUGCAUGUUGCAAGGACAAGGGAAGCAAGCGCAUAGUAAU